CGGGGUUGGCUUAAAGAAAACUUUCUGCAGAGUUUUUUUAAAUGAUUUUAAACUUCCGCAUUUCCACCGCCGGGUUAUUUGAAAAAAAUCUAACCCUUGCGUAGGGCGGAACAACCUUCAAAACCAAACUGCAGAGUGUGUGUGUGUGUGUGUGUGUGUGUGUGUGUGUGUGUGUGUGUGUGUGUGUGUGUGUGUGUGUGUGUGUGUGUGUGUGUGUGCGCGCGUGUGUGUGUGUGUGAGUGAGUGAUUGAGGAGGGGAAGGGGAGGGAAAGGGAAGAGAGGGGUUGUUGGAUGACUCCCACAACAUGAGAGAGCGAAUCGCCAGACAGAGACUAAGUCAGCCGGCCGUGUCAAUUCUCCAAGGGGGAGAGCGAGCGAGCGAGAGAGAGAGAGAGAGCCCUUUCUUUUCAAAGCAUUAGAUCUCGCCGAGCGAUCUUGCAAAGUUUGACAAGUCGAACGCCGCUUCUGGGACUGUUCUGUCCUGUUUAUUUUUUCCCGUGUGUGUGUUUAAAAUUCCCCUUUCUCUCCCUCAAGUCAGCACUACGAUGUCAGUUACAUUGCGUCACGUGUAACUGACACACCACACACACACAACCAAAAUUUUGACAACAGCUUUUGAAGGGUCUGCCCCGGCUGGAUCUCUUCUUUUUGUUCAGUUUUUUUCAGGGGGUGGGGGAUGAGUUAGGGAAACGGUGAGUUGGUACAGUUCAGCUUUUUUUUGUUUUUAUGUGUGUAGCCACUCAUUUACACACACAUACGCACCAACGCUGUCAACUUUCGCUUUCAGAACUCCGCGGCCGCGUUUAGAAUUCACCAUGGAAAAUAGGCUGUUACAAAGAGUGUGAAGCGACAUUCUCACACAACCCAGAAUCAUUCUCUCCGCUUACACUAUGUACUCCCCGCUCUGCCUGACUCAGGAUGAAUUUCAUCCGUUCAUCGAAGCCCUUCUCCCUCAUGUCCGAGCAUUCUCGUACACAUGGUUUAACCUGCAGGCUCGUAAGCGCAAGUACUUCAAGAAACAUGAGAAGCGUAUGUCCAAGGAUGAGGAGAGGGUGGUCAAGGACGAACUCCUGGGAGAAAAGCCUGAAAUCAAGCAGAAAUGGGCGUCCCGUCUCCUGGCGAAACUGCGGAAAGAUAUCCGGCCUGAAUUCCGGGAAGAUUUCGUGCUGACCAUCACAGGCAAGAAAGCUCCAUGCUGCGUCCUUUCUAAUCCCGAUCAGAAGGGCAAAAUCCGUCGGAUCGAUUGCUUGAGGCAGGCAGACAAGGUCUGGAGGUUGGACCUGGUCAUGGUCAUACUGUUCAAAGGGACUCCUUUAGAAAGUACUGAUGGUGAACGGCUGGUGAAGUCACCUCAGUGCAGUAACCAAGGCCUGUGCGUUCAGCCACACCACAUUGGAGUUUCUGUAAAGGAACUUGACUUAUACUUGGCCUAUUUUGUACACAACCCAGAGUCAGGACAAUCUGAAAGCUCGAACCAGCAAGGAGACGCAGAUGUCAAACCACCACCCAAUGGACAUCUGAAUUUUCAAGACUGUUUUAUCACAUCAGGAGUCUUCAGUGUUACAGAACUUGUGAGAGUGUCACAAACUCCUGUAGCUGCUGCCACAGGACCCAGCUUCAACCUGGCUGACCUGGAAAGCCCUGGUUACUACAGCAUCAACCAGGUGCCCCUGGGAAGACGCAGUAUCACCACACCCCCUUCCACCAGUUCCACCAAGCGACACAAAUCCAUCGAGGACAGCGAGAUGGAGAGCCCAGUGGAUGAAGUCUUCUACUCGGGCACGGGCCGAUCACCUGCCGCUGGCAGCAGUCAGAGUGCCGGCUGGCCCAAUGACGUGGACACAGGAAUGACAUCACCUGCUUCUUUAAAGAAGUCAACGAAGCAUGAGUUUGGCAGUGGGACACCUUCGCAAACUGUCUCCUCGCGAAUGGCGUUCACGCACCACCCCCUGCCCGUGAUUGCAGGCACCAGGCCAGGAAGCCCUCGUGCACCAGCCUCGGCGAUCCACUUCCCAUCGUCCUCCAUCAUCCAGCAGCCAAGUCCUUACUUCACCCACCCAACCAUUCGUUACCACCACCACACCAGCCAGGAUCCCCUGAAAGAGUUUGUGCAGCUGAUCUGCUCUGAUAGCUCCAGCCAGGCCACAGGACAGGUGGGGUACCUAAACCCAAAUGGCGGCAGCCAGGGCAAGGUUACGGGGUCAUUUCUGCUGCCACCACCACCACCUAUGGCCAGACCAGUCCCCCUACCAAUGUCUGAUCCAAAAUCUACCAGCGCGUCCCCAGAGGGAGGAGCAACAUCACCCACGUCGCCCUCAUACUCAACGCCUAGCUCCUCAUCUGCGAACCGAUUCGUCAGCAUUGGACCACGGGAUGGGAACUUUGUAAAUAUCCCGCAGCAGUCACAGUCUUGGUUCCUCUGAUAGUUUCAAGUCUUUUCCCAUUGGCCAGCGACAAGACCACCUGAUACCUUCCUUGACACAAAUAAAACUGGCAGAGAGAGAGAGAGAGAUACUGUAUGUAUAUAUAUACAGAGAUAAAGAGAGAGACAGGAGGGAGAGAAAGAGAGAUGGGGGUGGGGGGAAGGGAUAUUCUAUCAUCGCUGAACACUGGGAACUGUAAAUGAAACCACCAGCCGUCUGGGACAACUCACACAUUCAAGGAAGAGAAUACAAAACAAUUCAGAAUGAUAACCCCAGCCAUAGGAAUAAAUUUUUUCCCAUUCAGAUUGGCAUCUAAUGCCAUCAUACAUUUUGCAGUGUAAUGUGGCUUCAAGUUUGGUGGAAGCAUCUCUUGUUUGCAUUUAAUAAGGACUGUGAUUUUAACCUUUUAACCAGUAUUACGAACAAAGUCUGAAGGGUUCAUGGACGUAAAGUGCACCAGAAAGAUGGUACAUGAUCAAACCCAGAAUUAACUUUUUUGUUUAAGAAAUAACACUACAACCUACAAUGCAAAUGCGAUAUUAUCUUUUUAAGUGCCUCUUGUUAAAAUGCAUUAAAGGCUGCAUAAAUGUAUUCAAAAUAUUUAUAAAUAUAUACAUGUAUAAACUAUGGAAGAAUAAACCCAAAUAGUUAAUCCACCCUCCAUCUACCCCACCAAAAUGUGCUACAACCUCUCAAACCCUAUUCUAUACCAGACAGUCUUGGCCAUUAAUGAAAGUGAUCUGGAUAUUAUUUAGACCAUUUCCCCACGAGGUGCCAUGGGGGGGAGAAGGAGCCUCUUGGACAGGCCACACAGAUGUUUGGACCGCUGAGGUACCCCUCUCCCAGUAAGAACACACCAUUGUUUCCAUCACUGGCCCAAGGUCUCCAUCUCAAUGCCUGCUGCAUUGUGGCCGCUUGCCUCCAAGAUAGGAUGUGUGAGACCGGCCCAGCCCCGCUGAGCCGACUUUGUGCCUCGCUAAUUAGAGCGAGGGCUUCCCUCGUUGACCGAGUGAUAGCAUUGUCCUCAGCACCACUAUGAAGUCUUUUGGCCUCUUCCCCUAACUUUGUAUUCAGGUGGGGUUGAGGGAGGACUGUGGGAUGGCUAGAAGACAAGAGGGGAGUGCAUUACGAAGGAAAAGGCUCAGAACAAUUAAAGUGUUAUGUGGAGACAGGGCCAAAGGAUGGGAUCCAUCUGGACACAAGAAUCGUUUCAGAUAGGUGAUCUCCAAUGACUUUCUUGUCCUUGAAGGUGUAAAUGAUACUUCCACCAAAUGAAAAGCCUGUUCAGCGAGUCCACAAUUACUGGGUGACAGUACACAUUACAGGUUGUAGAAGGGGAGAUGCUCAUCUCCACGGCUCAGCAUAGACUGUGGCCCAGAGGCUGGGGACAGCUCUCCCCAUUUCCACACCCUUCGGUUCUGGAUCGAAGUGGUAAAACUGGCAUAAAUUUUAAACCGGGGGUGGGGGCAUGGGUGUGUGCAACAGAGGGAGUGUGGCCUUUUGCUUGGCUAAGUUUCACCGAUAUUGGGCAGUGCACCCCAUGCAUUAAUUCGCUCACUAAUGGCGUUACGUAGUCGCUCAUUUCCUCAUUGAAUUAUAAGCUUUCAAGGGUCAGAGUCACGUAACACAGGAUUCCACCACAGCCUUGUUAUUAUUCAUUAUCCAUUGGCAAUGGAGGGAUGUGGAUCAGGUACAAGCUGAAGGAAUAUGAAACACACAAAACGCUGGAGUAUCUCAGCAGGUCAGGCAGAUUUAUUUUAAUUUGCCUGGUAUUCAGUGCAAACAUUGUGGGGCACAGGACCUGUUCCUGUGCUGCACAGUUCUAUGUUCCUGAGUAUGGGACAUAUCAAGGGGAGACCUGAUGGAAGAUUAUAAGGUGGCAAUCCUGCUCAUUCCUCUGUGCUCAACCUGUUCCUGAACCCAUCCCUGACACUCACAUCCUCCCUCCAUCCAGAGGUUCCUCAAACACUUCCUGCCCUGCUGGCAUACCCUCCUCAGUACUCUCAGUACGGGAGUGUAACCUCAGGCAAGGGGCCCUUCUGGGCCAGACACAUGAAAUCCUCGGCAUCUGCUCAACAACCAAAUCAGGGCUAGAUAGAGGCAUCCCUUCACUGACCUGUAAUUUAUCUAUCUGAACCAGCUGGGUGGAAUCAGUGUUGCUGACAAAUCAUUGACUCACCCAAUAACUCACUGAGGAGAGUCUAACGCAGUGAUGCAAGUGGGUUUGAGCGCUUCGUUUUGGAUUUGGCCGGGGUGGGGGGAGGUGGAAGUGCAUGGAAAUGGAAGGGGUCACUUCUCGAGAUGAGCAUCUCUUCAAGUUCAAUACAGAGAAAAUAAAGCAUUUCUAGAUGUCACACUGCAUCUGAACUAGAUAGGCUUUGUAAAGAAUCAUCACCGUUAGGGAACUUUUUCCUGCUUGCAUUCUGGGUAGUGAUAGUUUUGGCUUUGCUUUCUGGUUUAUCGCUUAAAAGAAAAAGAAAAAAAAAAAUCUGGUUGAAGUUCUUGCAGAUUUAACAAACGCAAAAGCUACCUGUUUCAUGCCAAGGGGCCUACUAUUCUGGUACAUAUUAAGCACAGCAUAGCAACAGCUCACAUUUGACACUUAAAGAGGCAAUGUCCCCUUUUGUUUCCUUUCUGUUCUUUCCUGAGGCUGGCUCCCACCUUUAAAGCAUCGAUAGGAAGGCCAAGUAAUUCGACAAGGGCCCUCGCCCCUCAACACCCAGUCCAUGCCUUCCUGUCCAUCCCCACACCUCAGACACCCCUGCUUCUAUCUGAGCGGGAGGAAGGCAGAGAGCUGCUCUCUGCAAGGUAACUAGGCCGUACUGUGGAAUGCUCAGUCUGUUUCUCACAAGGUUUGGUGACAUUUGCAGAGCCCUUUUCGUCUGUGAUCUGAAGUUUGCCCCCCUCCUAUCAAUGCCGCCCCCUAAUAAACCCUCUCUCUGGAUCUGUGAAUCUUGCCUGGAUUGACUGCGAGGCCAGAUGACCUUGAGAAGGGCUAAGAGGAAGUCUGCGGCCAGAGGACCACAGUGCAAUCCCAAUAUUCCCUCUUGCCACGAGGUAUGGGGAUUAUCAUGAACCCACUCUCACCCUGCUGUGAUACAGUGUUCAGCUUGUCCACCAGCUGGCAAUAUCACUCUCCUCUUGAAGGGUUUAUGGCAUAGAUGAACAGGAGGUCAUUGUUAGAACUGGGUAGAGAGAAAGAGAGGAAUGGGAGUCUUGACUCCUGCAGUUCUCAUUCCCCCCAGGAGUGCCACACUCAGACUUCCCUCCCUGCCCCACCCACCAUGUUCCAAGGCUUCUGAGGAGCUAGAUUGAUAAUGGGUUGCGGUGACAGGGAAGACUUGUCCCAUUCCUCUGCUGCAGUGCAGAGGCAACAAAGCCCAUCAGUCCAUCUGGCAUUUUAAGAGACUCUCCACACUCCCUUCCUGCCCUUGAAUACUCCACCACAGUCUCCUAACUGCAACGUUCCACUCUGGGAAAGGCAAAUCUAUCAUACUCUCGCCCCUAGCUAAUAGUGGUUCUCAUUCCCACUCUCCAACACCUCCCGCACCCCCCGCCAGGGAAGCUUUGAAGAGAUUACAGUUUGGAUUCUGUUUGUGAAACCUUUGGGAUACUAUAUGUAAAGACAGACAAAAGGGAUAAUGUCUCUCUGUACAACUCAGUUAAAAGACUGUAAUAUCAACUGAGAAGCUGGCUAAAGUUUAGCCAAUGAUGCCAGCUCACUCCACCCAUGGUUACCCUCUCCAUUCAGUCAGGUGAAGUGGCCCAGCCAGCAAGGAAUCUCAAAAGAAGAGACCACUCCAUCUGAGUGGGGCUGUGGAUCAGGUGUGUUUCUACAGCAUGUGACCACAUGCCUCUUCCUUGUUUCCAUUUCCCAUCAUUCCCUUAAAACUGUGCUUAGGACUAAUAAGUUAAUGCUAUAUGCCCAUUCCCUAGUAUGAGGCAAUUUAGUUUACAAGGAUUACAGCAGGCUGGACUACACUGUUCCACUGGAAUGUUCAUGGUUAACCAAUGACAUUUGACUGGGGAAAGAGGAGAACACGGGUCUAGGAAAUGGAUAUAUCUACUGUUUAAACAGUAAUUGUCCAGGGUCAGGUUGAUAGAGUGCAGUCAUCCAAUUAUAUUGAUGUCUUUGAAGGGAAAGUUUGGAAGAUGCUUUUAAGCUUUUUUUCAAUAAACUGUUUAAUGUCCAACCAAUAGUAACCCUAGUAACCCAGAAGUGGGAAGAGAGGCCAUUAACAAAUCUCGUAAAUCCCAUUUUUUUCCCAUAAUGAUUAUGUAGCAACUUUCAACUCCUCUUGGGUAGGUCCCAAAAUACUCUGCAUCAAAUGUAGACUCUUUGAAGUGCAGUCCACCUUGACUGUGUUUUAAUUUUCAUGGGUUUCCCCUCCACUCUUGCUGCUCUGUGGAGACCCCAGCAGGACUAGAACCACCUUUGUGGUGAGACUGGGCACAGAAAGGACUACUGAUCUCCCAGAUCACUGCAGAAUGUUUAUUUCCUCUUCCUGUGUGCUGCAGGAGAUUCACCUCGACCUCUAAUGGUGGACGUUUGAUGUUUCGGGAAGGAAACCAAAAUGGCUGUGACUGUUUCUUGAGGUUGAGUGUAGCAAAUUCCAGACCAGGCUAGAGUCUUUCCCAGUGCAUCCUCCUUCUCCACACCUGGAUGGUGCACCUACAUGUCCAUAUCACCAACCAGGACAGGAAUCAGCCUUGACUUAAUGCAAGACUGCUUGACAAUCCAACAGCCUUACUUAUUUAAAUCAUCCAUUCUAAAGUUUUAAAAUAAAGGUCAACCCUUUUCUUAAUUCCCCCGAUAUUUUAUUCCCUACCGUGAACAAGAUCAACACUUCAGUCUUGAGUUAGGUAGAUAAUCUCCUGAGGGUUGGUUGGUUGAGUGUGCAAAGCUGUUACAUCGACAGACAUCUCAGUGGUUAUUACAGUCUUUCCCUCACACUGUAUCAGCCGCUUUCUCCAUAGCAAUCUCUCACACACAAAAAAAUUGAAAAAAAAGAAGAAAAAUAUCACAGCUGCUUAAAGAGGAACAAUGCCUGGUGGCAGAAAACUGUUCUUGACUCAGUAAAUGCACAAAGAGGGACUGAUAAAUAAACCAGGUGGGAAAACUGCUGGAGAAACCUAUAUUACAGGAAACUCAUUCAGUAGGCAUCCACAGGAAUUCUGUUAUCCCAAGAUUAUUAGGUCCCAAUGGCAUCAGAUUCUAUGGGGAUUCUCCUCUGUGAGACCCUCGUUGGUACCCAGCUGACAAUUGCCCUGUCAGUCAAUGUACCCUCAAACAUCACAUUAGAAGUAGACUCAGUGAACCGGGGUGUGCUGUCUCUAAUGUAUCGAUAGAAAUUAUUUCAUUUUAUAAGGAAAUGUGCCCGCAAAUCAUGUCAGCUUUGGGAUAACAUCAGUUGUCCAUUAGUUUCCCAUCUUGGUUCCGUCUGUACGCCCCUAUUUCAUUCAGUAAACAACAAAACCCACUGCUUCAGCACUAGGGUGAUUGCGCAAACCUUCUUUUUCAUUUACAAUUUAAUAAAAAAGCAAUCUAAAAAAGGAAAACUUAUUAAGGCCACCUUACUUGUUAUUUGUGAUGGAGAUUUGACAAGUAUUUUGUCAAAGGAAAAAAAAAGAAUAACAGUUCUUGAUUGAAACCAAGUGCAAUGCAUUGGAUAGUUGAAUAUCUUUGUAUGUUAGAGAUUGUUGAAAAAAAGAGAAUUUGUUUUUCUAUUUUUUUUAGAAAGAUCUGCCUUUUUUUAAAGUCCUUGCUCCUUGGGACUCUAAACAGAAAAGGGGCGAUUCUUUCCCAGCCUUUAUAAGUGUGGGGAGCUAAUGUAUUUCUCCUUGUUUUCUUUCCUGUUUUUAUUUUUUUAUUAUGAAUGAAUCUGUACCCCUUGGGGAGGGCUGAAGGAGAGAAUUAAAAAAAACAGAUAAUUAUAAAUAAAUGGUGCUUUUUACGAUAUAAA